CCGACUGUCCCGCGGCUAUGGCCGCUGUUCUGCGGGCCACCUGAAGCCGUUCGUGUCGGUAACUGCGUGCCCUUCGUCCCUUUGCGUUUCCCUCUCUGGCACAGGUGCCCAGGAUGGGCCGGCGGGCUCGCCCGGACCUCUUCUCUGGUGAGGGCCUCAGCAGGAAGAACUCCUCUUCUGCGUCCACGGGAGAGGAUGAAGACCCUGAGGAAAAGGUUGACCAUGAACCACCACCUAAACCCCCACGCCGGCAAGGAGGCUGGGCAGUUGAUCCUGUGCUGGCAUCUACCAAGUCAGGAAAAAAGCAUGCAGAAGAAGUAGAAGAUCAUCGUCUCAGGCAGCAGAGCCAGGAGGUAUCAAGUGAGGGAGGAGAUAUUCCUGUGAUUCCUGACUUGGAGGAAGUCCAGGAGGAAGAUCUGGCCAUGCAGGUGGCAGCCCCACCCAGUGUGCAGGUGAACCGAGUGUUGACCUACCAUGACUUGGACAAAGAUCUUAUGAAGUAUGCUGCCUUUCAGACUCUGGAUGGAGAGGUUGACCUGAAGCUUCUCACCAAAGUCCUGGCUCCAGAACAUGAACUACGGGAGGAUGAUGUCUGCUGGGAUUGGGACCAUCUCUUCACAGAGGUAUCCUCAGAACUAGUAACUGAGUGGGACGUGGGACAGUCUGAGAGAGAAGACCACCUCAGUGUACCCUAGAGCACUGAUACACCAGAUAUCUUCUCAUAUACACAUUCCCUGUAAAUAAUUUAGCACUUUAGUUUUCUAUUCACUUGUUUGUAUUUGAGAAUAUAUUUCAGACAUGGAAAUAAAUAGAGCUUGCUCUGUAGGAAAACUGGCUCAGGAGAAGUUUUGGAUAUUUUAUAGUAAUACUCUUAAUUCUCAAAAGAUAUUAAGAAUUACAAACACAAUAAAUUAUUUACUUGUGAAAAGUCACUGUUACCUUACUGUACCACCUUUACAGAUAACUGCAAUGGGUAGUCUUUCUUCAGCCAAAAUGUAGCCUCUCUGAGAGACUGUCUUACACAGUCAAACAAUGGAGUGUGGUUUUCAGUGAUGGCUAUGAGAGAAGGUUAGUUUGGUACCGUUUGUUUGUCUAGGACAUCUAGGUUAUCAUCUUCCCACAACAGAUGUCACAAGUUGUCAGGAUGUCUGUUUUACAUCUCGUCCACCAGCUUCUGUCAUCCCUUCCUGGUUUAACAUUUGCCCUGGGUCUUUACCUCUGUAUUGACUCAGAAGAAGAAUAUCACCUACUAAACUGCCAGUACUACUUCUUACAGCACCUUUUCUUUGUUUUCCCUGGAGGUAUCCCAGUCAAGGGCUGACCAAGCCUAACUGCUUAGCUUCUGUAGUCAGAUGAGAUCACAUAUUGAAUGGAGUUAGCUCCAGGCAGGAAGUAGUUUGCAAAGAAAAUACUGCUCAUUCCACACGUGAAAAAACGAAGCCUGCUGCUCUGAAACAAGCUAACUCCCUGGUGUGUUUCCUUGGAAGCAAGUAACCUGUUCUCAUUGUCACCUAAAAAAAUCCGUUUAGCUGUUAAUGCCCCAUCCCUAUAGAGCUAUGGUCAUUAUUUGCAGGAAACAAUAGUAUUACUUCUAAGCCAGUGUCCUUCAAAGCCUUGUCCCACUGGAGAACCUUGCUAUAUACUUCUGGGGUGCAGUGCAGGUGCUGUGCAGAAGGCUUGUUGUGCUGCUUUUCUUAGCUUGUUCUAUAGGUCUCAUGGAGCACUGCAUUCUUUCUUUUGUACUGACAGAAGUCCAGGAGAAACAACUCAUUGUGAGCUCAGUACUCUGCAAAAUUUCUGAUCAGAGUUGAUAGCCAAAAAAAACCUAUCAGCAAGAGAGAAGCUGUCUCAACGAGAUGCUGUGUUUGUAAAAUCAAGGAAUCUCCCCUGUAAAUAGAAAAGGAGAUGGAAGCCUUGGGGCUAGCGUGUGGAGGAUACCCCUGAGGUCUUUUUCUGAGCAGAGAAACCUGUUUUGGUGUGAACAGAAACUUCCCAGCUAGACCGGUGUCUGUUUUUCUCUGACAUCUGUGGCCCUUGGCCAAAGAGGAUUUAGGAUUCUUCCAUUGAAAGAGAAAACAAAUUCAGCAAACUAAAGUAGCUUGGUAUAUCAGACAAUCCCAACAAGACUAUGUGGGGAAAAGAAUGGUAAAGAGUAGGAGAAAUUGGUUAGGCUUCGGGUUAGAUCUGUGCAGUGAUAUUUGCACAUUCCAAAGAUCACAGAGGAAGCAGAGGCUAUCUUCUCUCAAAUACAGUCUGUAGUUAGUGUGUGUUUUCUCUGUUUUGCUUGAGCUGAGGGUCCUCUAAGCUGCUUGCCUGGUAUCAUGGUAUUCAGUGCAUGUCAGUCAGUUAUCAGUGACCACAAAAGCUGAGGAUGCCCAGCCUUGAGGCACAGGAGUGAAUCCAACUCCUCUGGCUGUCCAGCCUGAGUUUGAUCUGUGACUUGUGACAUAUCGUAUGUUGAAGUUUAUUUAGAAACUUAGGUGGCAUUACUGACAAUUGGAGCAUUAAGGGAGGAAAGCCAGGCGGUACUUAGGAUUGCGGCCUGCAGGAUGUGGGUGGUAGAGGCUGUGCUCAGCCCAUUACUUGUCCUGUAGCUGUAUGCCAUGCCAACAAUCCUGCCUCUAUCCUGCCUGCCUCUGAGGACUUUCAAGGAUCUCCCUGGAGACCCUUGAAACAGAAGUGGGAGGGACACUGGAUGCUCAGAGAUCUUCCUGGAGAUGGUGACAGGUAGGACCGUGGAGGGCCUGGGGACGCCAUUUUAGGCAGGUGUGGGAAGGAGGGCACUUGAUGUCACAGUGGGGUUUGUGGGAAGGGCAAGAGGAAUGAAGAAGGUGAAUGAUUUAGGAACAGUAUGUAUAAUGUUUGGAGGAACUGAGGAGAGAACAGGUGCUGAUGAAGAGGCUGGAGAGAAGAUGAGGUGCUUUGAUGUGUAGUCUGACCUGCUAUGAUACAGGCCAUGGCAGAGCUCAUUGAGAUGUGGCUGAGCUUCACCUGUCUUUUCCCUGGUUAGUUAUCCCAGCAGAUAACUGCCCUUGUGGUUCAAAAUCUGCUUUAUUUCUAGGCUCUGUUUUUGUUUCAUCUUCUGUUCCUUGCAUCUGAUUAUGCUUUCACUUUCCCUGUUAAAUCAUCCUGUCAGAUACUUCUACUUGCUCAGGUAUUUAUGUGCACCAUGAACAAGUUGUAUCUUUAAUUUUCUUAAAUAAACUCAAUAGAGUGAGACUUGU